AUGAAUGCGCGGUGGGGCAAGGUGUGGUACCGGAAAGGUGCGGAGCUUGUGCUCCCUGACGAGCUUCGCGAUUUCAGGCCCAACGUCGGCAUCUGCGUCGUCAACAAGAAGGGGCUGGUGUUUGCGGCGCGCCGCCUGGACGACCCGUUCCCUGACAGCUGGCAGAUGCCCCAGGGCGGCAUCGACCCCGGGGAGGCCCCGCUGGAGGCGGCCGUGCGGGAGCUGAAGGAGGAAGUCAGCAUCAGCAGCGUCCGGCUGGUGGCGCAGCUGGAUGACUGGGUGGCCUACGAGUUUCCAACCGAGGUGCGCAGCCGUUUCACCGGCGCGUGGGCCCGCUACCGCGGGCAGGCGCAGCGCUGGUUCCUGUUUGCUUUUACUGGCGACGACGCCGAGGUCGACCUGGAAACAGAGCAUCGUGAGUUCAAGGACUGGCAGUGGAUGCCACUUGCUGAGCUGCCGUCCAGGGUGAUCUCAUUCAAGCGGGAGGUGUACGAGCGCGUGGCCGCGGAGCUUGGGCCACACAUAGAGCGCCUCAAGGCCGAGGGGGGGUUGGGGGGAUGA